AUGUUAUACAUUAUCAUAGCCUUAUUGAUUUCAUUUUCAUUAGAAAUAAGAAGUCAAGAACAAAUUUGUCGUUUUGCUGAUUUAUUUACAAUCGACGAUUUACUAUACAAUCGGAAUAAUGCUAUACAUCAUUUUAAAAUGAAUAUAUCCUUAUGGGAAGGUAAGUUUGGCAAUGGUGUUGGUUAUAAUAAUGUGACAGGUAUCACAUAUGAUGGACACAAGAUUGAUCAUGAAACUGGAAAUUUACAUGAAAACUUACAAUUUUGGACAGCAGCAUCAAAAGAAGCACUUCAUGUAAACAUAUUGACACUCUAUCUAUUAGAUGAUCAAUAUGCAAAAAUGUUUUUCAAUAAUGCUCCAAUCGAUCAUAUUAUUGAUAUUUUAACAAAAAAAAUAAAUUCUUAUGAUGAUUUUCAUCGACGAUAUCCGGGUUUCGGUGGCUUUCUUCCAUGGUUUGCAGCGAAUGGUACUAAUAUGAAUCUACUAGAUGCAUGGAGAGAUAAAGUGCCCGGUUUGGACAAUGGUCAAUUAAUAUGGAGUAUUCUAUCAUUAAUUAUUAGUUUAAAUAAUAAAAAUUAUACAAAUUUAGCUAAAAGAUAUCAAGAUAGAAUUGAUUUAAUGAUUAAUACGUCUAUUCCAGUUUUUUACGAUGGUAAUGGAGGGAUAAGAUGUGUAACAAAAAUUCGAAAUAUGACAGAUGAAUCUCAACAAUUUAAUAAAAGUAAUUAUUUUACGGAUGGUGACUGUUAUUUAGACGAUCCAUAUGAAGGAGAAUUGAUGGCUUAUUUCAUGGAUCUGUACGCACCAUGGAUUAAAUAUAAUUACACGAUAGAUGAACGAGAGAAAAUAUGGUUAAAAAAACAAGCAAAAUUAAAACGUGUUGAAUACGUGAAUGAAAAUGAAAAUAUAACCGUUCAACAAGGGUAUUGGUUUUCCAGUCAUGAACAAUGGAAAUAUUUUUAUUUACCCUAUAUGGAUAUUCCAAUCCAACGACGUUUGUUUAUGAACGGUGAAAAAGCGCGUACAAUGCAUUCGAACAAAAAUCAUAUACCUGGUCUUUAUGCUUCUGUUGCAUCAACUGUACCAAAUGAUACCUAUAACGUUGAGUAUUUAAGUGCAUGCGGCAUUCAAUCGAUUGCAUCAGAACCUGUUUUACAUAUGACAACAAUUACACCAUAUGCGAGUUUUCCAGUUAUUUUAGCUGACGAAACAAUAGGUUUAAUAUGGUAUUUAAACAUGUUACACGGAUCAUCAAUGCAAAAUGUGUACGGAAGUACUGAAGCUACUAAUAUAACAGGAACUGCAAUUUCUCCUGUAAUAACGUGGGAUUCAAAAGUGACAACAGUUGUAGCAAUGCUCAGUAAAAAACUAAUCGAUGAAAAUCGUCAGCUGUUGAUUUAUAAUGGUUUGUAUGAAAGGUUUUACACUAUAACAGAUCGAGAAUGGAAAAGAGUAUUUGGCCAAACAAACUUAAAUGGAGAACAUAUACCACUUAGUUUACCAUCUGUUCAUUUAUCAAAAUCAAAUUUGAAUGAUUUCAGUCAGUGCAGACUGACAACAAACCCAUACUCAACAACGUUACGUCCUGAUACUAGUACAAAGGCUGGAUCAACCUCCAUCAUGUUAUGCACUCUUUCUGAAUGUUAUCUAUCGAUGAUAAUAAUAAUACUAUUCAUACGCCAAAUUGGAUAUCUUUGA